GGCCGCCAGAAGCAGCAGCAGCCGCGGUCGAUCGGCGCCUGCGCACUGCCCACCGCGUCCUCCAGCGACGCCGCGGUUGGCCGUGCCUGUCGUCGUCGUCGUGGGUCGUCGCCUAGACGCGCAAUGGCGGCGCGCUCCAGAAGCUGGGGUAGCGACGGCCACUGGAAGCGGCUCGCCUUCAAGAACCUGUCCAUCUUCCGGGACCGGGGCGAAGACGAGGAGGAGUGCGGUGGCUGCGUUCGACUCUCGCUGCCGGACGUGCACAUGGACGACGCCGGCGGCGGGGACGGGCCCUCGGCCAGGCUCCGGCGCUCGCCGCUGGUGGCCCGCGCCAAGUCGGUGGACGCCCGGGCCAUGCCGCUGCUCGUGCACCGGCUCUCCAUAUCGGCCGAGCGACGCACCCCGUCGCCCGAGACGCUGCCCGAGCCGACGUCACCUCGGCCGCGCUCCCUGUCGCCUCUGCUCUCGCCCGCGCCCCACGCCCAGGACCCGGCCAGUCCCAUCGGCGGCAUCCAGCCGGACCUGUACCGCAAGAAGGAGGCGGUGUUCUUCCAGUCUCGCGACGUCUCGUCCCACUCCGCUUCAGCCACCUUGGCCGCCCCGACAAACGCCGGAAGGCUCCACUUCCGGCUCAAGUACGACUUCGACAAGUCCGACCUCGUCGUGCACGUCAUCGAAGCCAUGGAACUGGGCGGGCCCCGGAUGGACCAGCGGGGAGGCGGCGGGGGCUUCGGCGAGCCGUGCGUGCGGGUGGCCCUGCUGCCCGAGGUGGACAGCAAGCAGCGGCAGGCGCUCAUGCGGCGCCGUUCCACGGACCCGCUCUUCGACGAGACCUUCAAGUUCCCCGUCUCGUUCGACGACGUGCCCGCCAGGACGCUGCUCUUCCAGGUGUUCGACUACGACCGAUACUCGAGAAACGACGUGACGGGAGAAGUUCGAGUACCCCUGGCUGACGUCGACGUCACGACCGAGACCGAGGUGUGGUGCGACAUCGAGAAGACCGAAAAGGCGAAGCGCGACUGGCCAGAGCUACUGCUGUCUCUAAGCUACCUGCCUUCAGCGGGAAGACUCACAGUGGUGGUGCUCAAGGCAGCAAACCUGGUGCCCGACUCCAAGGACAAACCUGACACGUACGUCAAGGUGAGCCUGAGCUGCGGCGAACGCAAGCCCAAGAAGCGCAAGACAAGCGUGAAGAAAGGCACCGCCCAGCCGGCCUGGAACGAGGCGCUCAGCUUCGACGUAUCCGAGGAGCAGCUCUCGCGCGCCCAGCUCUGCGUGCACGUGUGGCGACACGGCUCGUCGGGCGUCUCGUGCUCCACGUCGCUGGGCGGCUUCCAGCUCGGACCCGGCGGUGCCGACGUCACCGAGGAAGGCCAGCGGCACUGGAGGGACAUGCUGUCCAACCCUCGCCGGGCUGUGGCCCGCUGGCACGCGCUCCAGCCGAAUCCGUAGCCGCUGCCGUAGCGGCCGCGCGGGCGAGGAGCUCACUGGUCGGCGGGGAGAGAACCGGCGGGCCCUACUACUGCCGACGUUGUGGCACGAGUCGUGGGUCUUCGGUAUUAUCAGCAUGGUUUCGAAACGGUUGACGGAAAACUCGAGCCACUCUCAAGUGGCAGGAGUCCCGAGCUCCCGAGGAACGCUCGGAAAAUGAGUUUCUGCAAAGCUGGCGCGGCCAGAUGGGUCGCACGUUGAGACACCUAUACGUUUGUGUGUCUUACCGCGCAGUGAAAACAUUACCUUCUACUGAGCGUUAGACAGAGUGGGUGCCAGAGAAUUUCGUCGCAUCGUUUCGCUGCUCGAAGGUUCAUUCGACGAGCCGCUAUACACAGGCAGAAGGAACGACGCAAAUGGUUUCGGCGCGUGUUUUUUGAUCUCCCUUUUAUCUCUGCGAAUUCACGAUCUCGGACUGCUCACUGGAAUCCCUAGUUCUAACAACUUUCCUCGCGAACGUGCUUAUUUUUUUUAGUAACCGCACAACUUCUGCACACAAAGUUUUCUUUCGAAGAGAGCGUGCUGAAGAGUAGCUGUUUUCACGCGAACAGAUAGGUCACAUUUCCGUCGAGGUCAGUCCACGCGCAAGGCAUUCUCGCGAUUUCAAACGCGCAGUGAAGCGAGCAGUAUGCCUUCAAUGAACACAAAAGCUUGCGAACAAAUGCAAAGGCAAAUGGAGGAGAAAAAAGGACCGCUUCGGGAGUUCAUGGUAACCCGUUGUCUCGCUGCAGAAGCCUGGCUUGAUCUUCGGCCAGGCUUUGCCGUUUGGUGCGGUAUGCUGCCCGAAAUUGGUCUCGACUGUCCCCUCAGGGCUGCGAUAACGUUGAAGUACAAACGAUUCAACAGCUUUUCUUCGCUGCUAAGUAUCGCACUGCGAACGAUUAGCGAACAAUACAGUUAUGUGUUGCGGGCUGUAACAGCAGCAACGCUAACUCUGGCUGCAAUCGGUGCUUGCAGAUCGGUGCUUGCUGCUAAUAGCUGCCAUUUGGAUUCCUUUUCAAGAAAUUUGCAGUUUUGUCACUAAAUUGCGGAUCUGUCCAUGUUCAUCCAUCCCUGAUUUGCAGAGGAUGAGCCUACUGAGGACGUCCAGUUGGCAUAACAGAAGUCUGAUUGUUACAGCCGACACAAUUCGCAAUUGUGUUGCGAGGUCUAAAAUAUGUUGCCAGUAUUUUGUGUUUCUAACACUACUGCAGUACACUGUACUUGUUUAUGCUGGUUAAAUCACUGCUCGCGUUGAUUAACCCUGCGUACUAAAGAAGAAAGAUAAGCUGCGGGCAUUGGUAAUUUAGGUUAGGACAUGACACAUGCAACGUACGUACUCCUUCGGAAAAAAGAAAGUUGAGAAAUGUUUUGUUCCGGAAUACACUAAGUUCCUUUCUAGGGUCAUCAAAUAAUAAAAUUUUCACCGCGUAAUUUCACAAUGUCGCACGCGGUUCGCGCAUAUUUCAUUUUUUCCGGUGAAAUAACUAGCAGCUAAUUCCCGGUAAAGAUGGUGAUGUAAAAAGUACCCUUGCUUUAUGUCAAGAGCACACAAAAAGGACGAAACAGUAGACUGUGAGCGACACAGCCCUUGAUAUAGCGAAGAAGCAGCACAACGGAAAUAAAAAAAAAACUAGAACAAAGAAAGGAAUAAGGCCCACGGUAGAAGCAAUGAUCGGUCAACAGAAUGUAAAUAUGCGUGGCUACUACGAUAGCUCAUUACUGUGAAUUCUAACAUUAAUACCGUAAGAAUGUGCUUUGAAAGAGCCGGUCAACAGCAGUUGGACUUGAACCGGUCGGCUUAUCUUAAACUUCAGAGCAGUGCUGUCCGUCAUGGCGUCUUCCAGACAAGAAAUAUCAACCUACGUGGUAAAGAAGCGCAAGCCGCUCGAUUAGGUAGGUUUCAUUCGUUUCGAGAAUGUCCCAACUAGCUUUUAUCCUCCUCCUCCUUUUUUUUUUGCUGCGCCACAGGAUUGAAGGGCUUAGGCACAGCACCAUCUGCAGCCGUUUCAAAUAGCAGUACAAGUGCACGCGACAGUUUCACCACAGCUCUACAGCAUUUCCCAGCGUUAUGGUCAGAAGGUCUUCCGACAAAUGAUUUCACCCUUGCGUCCUGUGAAACAAGUGGACCCAAGCGCAUCGCUGCCUCGUGAGCUCGGUCUUCACGCAAGCAGAUGCGUUCACACACCAGAACCAUGGCAGGUGUAAGAUGUGUUGGUUGGAAGUUUUUAGGUAAGAGCUUUGUGCGGUUGAUUGCGGGCCUUUGCAAUGUGAAAUUUCAAGAAGCUGGAAUUUCAACGAAUGGCGCCCACGAAUGGUAUUUGAAUGGACGAUCAUGGUAUUAAUUUAUUACAACGUAGUGGGCACUGCAGGCAAAAAACAAAUAGUUUGCAGCGCACUACCCACGAUGUAUUUGCGUAGGGCGAGAAAUCCUAAUUGCGUUCGAGAUUAAGACGGCUACAGCUGGGUGCGACAAUUUUUGGACAAACAACGUGCGGUAGCUUCGUGCCAAAACCGCACUCCCGAGGCGUGCCUGUGGGUGCGUCAGGUCGUUGUGGCUGCAUAUAAGGGUCACGUGAAACAAGCUGCCACUGAAGAAAAACGGAAGCGAGUCGUAAAUAAUUUCCUUGCGGAAAUAGACACCACAGGGCACGUAAACUUCCAUAAGGAUGUGAUGGCGAAGAGCCGAAGCGCAUUUUCAGGCGCCCGGGCAAUUGGGGAAACAAGGAUUCGAACGUCGGACGCUUAUCCAUGUAGAUAAAGGGGCGCGAGGCCUACGGCAAGACUACUCAGAGGUGCAGAGAGCAACGCGAUGGUAGUGCACUGUCGCAGUGGCGAGCAGACAUGCGCGCGACGCUAGAAGCCCUCCAUUGGCCGAGCUCCUCGCUUUGUAGUCAACAACUUGGCGUUUUGCUGCGAGAAAAUGAAGAGCAGGAACGUGCGAGGGCCUAUAUUUUUCUGGCUCUUCUAGCCCGUCUAACUGCCGGACUGCACUGUCACCGCGUUGUCUGUCAUAUUUUUAUCCAUAGUAUAUAAUACCCAUAUUAUCGAAACUAUACAUGCAUUUGAUGAAUUCUAGGGGUAUUUUUUGGGAUGACACGGACGGGGGAGAUCAGGGAAAAGAUGAACGGAGGCUUCUGACUACACUUAGCCCGUUCGAUUCCAGCAAAGGUGCGGGAAGUACGCGUGCUACUAGGGUCUUUACCAUUUACCAAUGUCCUUUUCGUGGACCUCCACCACUUAGUGGAACGGGUCUCCUCAACUAGGGUUGGUUAUUUUUAUUCCGAGAGAAAGAAUGUAUUCGCGCGGGACGGCGGAUAUGUACGGCCUCAAGGGUGUGGUCUAACUGCGAGUACGAAAUGUACAGAAUGCAGGUGUAAAGCUUGUAUCACAUCCGCAGAGAUGCACCAUUUGGGCCACGGGAUUCCUUCGGGUCUCGUGUGGCGUCGAUAGGUUUGGCCGUCGCACGAAGAUUCCUUCGUUGCAUUCUUUAAACGCGGUUAUACCGGGUGUGGCUAUGCGACAUGUCAGUAAAGUGACGCUACUGUGUAUUGUUCUAGGCGUACGGCCGUGGGCUGAAGCGCACCGGUGUUUUUGGUGGCCACGAACAAGGUGUUCAGCCAUGUUUUCAGCCAUUUGUGAUGCCCGCUUUGGUGCGGGAGUGAGUUGUUGACUCUUGAAGUUUCUCUUUGUCAGUUCUGCAUGUGGUUCUCUGUUAUGGAGGAAUCGAGGUCGAAUUCUGCAGUGCUUAAACAUAUACGAAAACAGAAAACAAGAACAAACACACGUGUUAAGAAUAAGGCCUUAAAACUGUCCUGCAGUGUCGCUUGCACCUCGAGGCUUGUAAAGUUGUCCGUUUGCGAGGUUGUUGGUUUUUUUUCCCCACCUGCGCACGGAGACCACUUACACUUUGUUACUUAUGGCACUUAGCCGAAACAGCAGAAACUGCUGUCUUCUCGUUUUCUUUCCCGCCUCCCGUCCAGGAAAGUCAAUGAGAGUGAAGUUGUGAUGCAUUUUAGAUUUAGCGCAUCAGUGAGAGUGAAAUACGUCGCUUACUUAAGAGGAACGCUUAAGGAAAAGGUUUUCCGGAAACUUUGUGGUCACCGACGAGGAUGGGCUGUAAAUGUGUUUGGUGGUGUGAGCGUGCUGAUCUGAUGUACGGUAUGCGUUAACGGGCAUUCUUGCUUUCUGGGCGCAUUGCGAGAGUGCUUUCGCCCGGGCGGCGUUACUAUCGGUGGCAUUUGAAUUGUUCGAUUACAUGAGGGUGCGCAGUUGUCUCCCGCCUCUUGAGAGCAUUGGUCAUUUGUCGAUAAGCACUUAAACGUGUUGAGCCCGACAGUUAGAUCUGUCUUGUGCAUUUAGAGAAAACGUACGUGAUUUUGCGUACAACGACGAAAAGACGCGUCAGGACAGCCGGCCUCAGAUGCACGUAUUUCUGUUUGUCCUGCCAUGCGCUAUCUUUUGUGUGUGCAGGACCAAGACGGAAGUGAGGAGAUUGCUGAAUUGGGUGCAUUUAUCACGCUGCAGUUUGGUCCAAAUUGCGAAUCAGGUUCGUGCUGAUAGUUCAGAGCGAACCUUUAAAAAAAAGGCAUCUUCGUUUGUAUCAUGUGAUGCGGACGGGUGAUAUUCAAAAGCAGUCUGAAUUCCUUGCGUAAAUAAAGGAUCUAUGCUGAACUGAGUGAGGAUCGUAAGAGUGCGAGUUUUUGAAAGAAAUAAUUUUAUCAGGAACCCUAACUGUUCACUGUGGCACGACGUACAGAAAUACGGGUACAAAUAAGGCGGCGAUGACCGUGCUAGCAUGUUUCUGGUGUAUCUAUGCCGUUUAUUGAAAGAAACUGCUAGAAAAUGGAGGAACACUUUGUUCUGAAGAUGUAUGAAAUACGGGGCACAACAUCGCAACCUUGGUGAUAAAGUAUAGGUCCUCGCUUGGCGCUGUUUUCUCCUUGUUCAUCUGCAGGGUGCACAUGUAUUUGUUUUCUUUUGUCACCCCGUGAUGUCACCUGCCGAGAACAUUGUUGUCAGCCAUGAAGAACAGCGAUAUCGUGCUGGAAGUUGUCGAGUAAUCAGGGUCCCACUUCCUUUUACCACAGGGUGUGAUGACGUUUCAUUUCAGCCAUCCAGUUGCUCAUUUGCUAUGUAUGGCUGCAGGCUGCACUGGGGAGAGUGCUGUGUUCUGGAGCGCUUAUUCGCGAUCACUCACAGCAGCGGAACAUGCGAGGGAACUAUAAAUUAUGACAAAUCCUAAAGAAUCUUAGUGGUGUCAUGCAAGGCGAACAGAGGUGCGAACAAAAACAGCCAACUCUGUCUGAAAUAUCAGUCUGUCGGCCAUGAAGAACAGCGAUAUCGUGCUGGAGUUGUCAAAGUACUUUUUGUUGAUGGAUUGUAGCAUAAUUGUAUGCACAUGCUCAGAAGAGGUUGCUACAAGAGAGCCUUGCCCCUUGCGCUCGUAAUCUUUCUUGAAACCAUAAAGGAUUUCAGCAUGGAUGACUCCAGCAGAAGAUCAAGAAUUACGGCCUGGGAAAGAUACUGCCUAAAUGAAAAUGAAAAUGUGUCUCUGGAGUGUUUGCAAUGAAAAGAACGUCCUUUGCUUAAAGAAAAGCUGAUAAUUUUAGAAAAAGGAAUGAGGGGUACUUUGAAGGCUCCACAAAAGAAAGGGCUAUGAUCAAUGUCCCGAUGAGCUUUACAGGCGCAUUACAGAACUGCACCAUCGUGCUAAAAUGUUGGAUUUCAACCAAACGUUGCAGCUAAGGCACCUCAUGGUGUGCACUUGAUCCCGCAGAAAAGUUGGUGUACUUCCUUUCUGCUCGCCCUUGGGAGCGGAUAUCAAAAUCUCCCGAAGCAUUGUAUAUUUUUGUACAAAGGAUUUUCACGGGCAACCUUGCUCACGACCUUGGUACAGUUAGUCCUAGUACAGUGUCCAGCGCUGGUUAUUGACUUUAGUGACCACGAAUACGUAUUAUAUAAGAAUCUUUGUCAGCGCAACACUCAUGCCUAAUUUGGUGUUCUACGUGGAGUGAGCAGACAAGAAACUAAAUAGGCAUGGGCUACACGAACUGAGCGACCAAGAAAGGCUUCCUGCCAAGCAAAGUGGUGCUAAUUUCAGCCUGUGUUCCGAGAAGUUAAGUGUAGAAGAUGCACCUCGCAACUACGUCACCCAGAUGCGACCGUUCAUGACACCUCUUUCUGCCUCUAGACCUGCAAAUUUCGCUAAUCAGUAGGGUGCAAUCCUCCGGGUCUUUGAUAUCUAUGUAAUGCCUUCUUUGUUCCAAGUCAUCUGAAUACGAGUGUUCUUCGAAAUUCGCGGGCAUUCUCACCUAUGAUGGUACCUAGACUUGAAGGGCUAAAUGUUCCUCGCACUUUCUGUGGCAGUGAAGUGAUUGCGUAUUGGCGCUCCCCGAAACUCCCACAAGUCGCGGAGGGUGGUCCCUACGUGGCCGCCGCGCGCUAAGUUGUCGGUGCCCUGCUCGUGUGUCGUGUCCCCCUCCUGUCCCCGGGGGCGCCUCCUUGUGAUACGCGCGCCUCCCGCCGCGCAACUUUUUUUCGCGGUCCACGCUCUAGUUUUUUUCUCUGGUGUCCUAAAGCAUACAUAUCAGAAACAUAUGUACAGUGUCAAAGUUUUUCCGAGUGUUUUUAUGCAAAAGCGCUGCUGCUACUGCUGCUGUUGUGCGUCUCUCGUUGAGUGUUUGCCUCUUGUGUCCGCAUGGGGGCGCCCCGGAGCACUGCGUUCGCCUUCAACCGUCCCUUAACAGCGAUAAACACGUACACGUAGGUGGUGGUUAUCUGACACAUAAGCAGAUUGUGGUGGUGACAAGAAGAACGAAUUAGAAGAAAGCUUUAUAAUUGAAGCUAAAACAGGUGGCAGGAGGCUAGUUCGCUUUCUCUUUACAAACUGCAAUAUGGUGUUUAGAAGUACGAAUGCCGAGUCAUAACAAUACACGAGACAGUACAGGAGCUUUACGUGAACGUUUGUGCACUUUUUUGCAUACUUGUGAUAUUUACAGCAGUGAGCUUACCCCGCAAAUUAAUGUUUGAAACUUGCUGCCGCACAGCCCUUGAUGACUCGCCCUUGAAAAUUUAAUGUAUUAUUGCGAACUUCAUGGAUGCACAUGUCUCGAGGUAGCCAUAAUUAGGUCGGUACUGUGACACAGCUUUCCACUCAUGCAUCUUCUUUUAUUUUGUUUAAGGUUGACUCUCGUGUCACAGGCGCUGAUUGUAUGGAAGUCAGCUAAGGAAUAAUUUGUCCCAAAUGCGUCGUCACGCGUGCGAUGCUGAAAUACAUAUCACAGUCUGGGUGUAGGCCAGUUGGUGAUUAAUGAUAUGUGAGGUUACUGCAAGGAACCCACAAGACUUUAAGAAAGGGACAACAAAGCGCUUUAAAGAAGAGUACAGAGUAAGUAUAUCAUACGUGUACCCGAACAGUUACCAGGCGCGCCCAAGCACAAUGAUGAGUGUUAGCGAGCUUAGCCAAUAUUUAUUUUUGUAGUUGAAAUAUCAGGCGUUCACCAACCUCACGAAGCGAGUGACGUGGUACUGGUAUUGAACACGCAGUCCUCGUUAAGUGGUGACUGUAGCACGCAAUAGUUAUAGAAAUGAGGACAGCUAAAAUGGCGAGAUUUGAGUUCCAGCUACUUUCUGUGGUGCGCAAAGGUAUCAUUUCACACAAAGGCAAUUUGCUAAGCUGCAGACUCACAGGAAGUUGCUUAGUCUACAAGGUGAAGUUUCUAGGUAAUCUUACUAGGGGUGGGAUUUAAUGAGCGAUGUAUAUUGUUAAAGAAAGUAAGAAUGACGGGAAGGACAACUUUAUUGCUAAAAACUGCUGCCUAUAAUUUCCUUUAUGACAGAUCACGUCACUCGUGGUACCAACCAUGCCUCCACCACUUUAAUCUAUUUGGUCAUAUCUACCCUGGUUUUGUUUGUAAGUAAUCCUCUGCUUGGGGUAUGGUUGAAGGCAGGAGCUGUCUCCGGCAUUGAAUGGCUGAAAGGACCAUUCUGGGUGCCGCGUCGGGUUUUCAUAGUUACGUGAACUUCGGCUUCUAAACGUGCCGGAUCUACAAAAACAAAGUUAAGGUGUCAUGUGUCACUAAGGUUGUCAAUGGACUGUUGGUUCGGGGCCAUACAUUGGUUCGGGCCAUUAGUGUUAUGGCAUAAUGAAAGCACAACUUGCUUUGAUCUACUUCACUAGACGCAGGCGUCCAGCGCAUUGAACGGUGCUUGGCAAACGAGGUUGUCGUCGAAUAAAGUAGGUUCGACCUUUCCGCAGAAAUAAUGUCACUAUCGUUGUCGAUACACUCGGUGGUGCUCCCACAUUUACUGUCUAAAUUUUGUGCUAUGCGAACCUGUCUUGAAAACUGCAGUUCGGCCUGUUGAAUUGCUGUUGCCCAUAUUUAAGCUCAUGAAUUAGAGUAAAGUUAAGGCUAGAGUCCUAGCUGGCGAGGUUAUUCUGGCUACGUUACGCACUGCGUGACUACAUGGAUGGCACGUGGACCUUGUAUUGCAACUGUUGUUCCUGGCGUUUUGGUUUUUAUCUCAUUAACUAUUCGCACGGCUACCAGUGAAGUAGCAAAACCUCUCAGAAACGAUUAUAGUUACCUGCUUGACGUUUAUAUUAUACUCUCGACCUUGAAGGGGUCGAAAGGCGAACAAUGUGAAAGACACACGGAUAUAUCGGCCUUUCGGCUGGCAGUAAGACUGCCAAGUGACAAAACGGUUCCAGUAGGACAGACUUGCAGUGACACUAUGGCGCACAACAGCGUAAAACCUAAAGAAAAACAGUCAUAUGACACGUGGAAUUCGGUCGCUGCACCCUGAAGAGUUACUUGUCACCCAUGGCUGCCCCCAGCAAAGUGCUUUAGGUGCUGUUCGAGGCACGCGUUGCUCAGCGCGAUCCCCACCUCUCCCUUCUCUGGAGUCCUCGUGGGGAGGAGCUGCUGCUGUACAUGUUUCAAGAAAUAUAUAAUACGACCUGUUUCCGAAAA